CUGUGAUUGGCGGAGAGCAAGAGUAGGAGGUUCUCGUCUGCAGAUUGUAAACAAAGUUGUGGAGGACAAGGCGAAUUUGAUUGGAUUUGAAGGAAAAGUUUUUAUGGGAUUAGCGAAGUGAUUGACGACCUUAUUAGCGCAGGACCACUGAUUGGUGGCCUCAUUUCGCGAUGCCAGCGAUUGGUGGCCUUAGUUCACGAUGCCAAUGAUUGGUGGCAUAUUUCACGAGGCCAGUGAUUGGUGGCCAAAUUCAUGAGGCCAGUGAUUGGUGGCCAAAUUCAUGAGGCCAGUGAUUGGUGGCCAAAUUCAUGAGGCCAAUGAUUGGUGGCCAAAUUCAUGAGGCCAGUGAUUGGUGGCCAAAUUCAUGAGGCCAGUGACUGGUGGCCUAUUUCACGAGGCCAGUGACUGGUGGCCUAUUUCACGAGGCAAGUGAUUGGGGGCCACAGUAAAACAAGACCAGUGAUUGGUAGUCGCAUUGGAACAGGCCAGUGAUUGGUGCCACACUGAAACAAGACCAGUGAUUGGUAGUCGCAUUGGAACAAGGCCAGUGAUUGGUGUCCAUACUGGAGCGAGGCCAGUGAUUGGUGUCCAUACUGGAGCGAGGCCAGUGAUUGGUGUCCAUACUGGAGCGAGGCCAGUGAUUGGUGUCCAUACUGGAGCGAGGCCAGUGAUUGGUGUCCAUACUGGAGCGAGGCCAGUGAUUGGUGUCCAUACUGGAGCGAGGCCAGUGAUUGGUGUCCAUACUGGAGCGAGGCCAGUGAUUGGUGUCCAUAUUGGAGCGAGGCCAGUGAUUGGGGGCCAUAUUGGAGCGAGGCCAGUGACUGGUAGUCGCAUUGGAACAGGCCAGUGAUUGGUGCCACACUGAAACAAGACCAGUGAUUGGUAGUCGCAUUGGAACAAGGCCAGUGAUUGGUGUCCAUACUGGAGCGAGGCCAGUGAUUGGUGUCCAUACUGGAGCGAGGCCAGUGAUUGGUGUCCAUACUGGAGCGAGGCCAGUGAUUGGUGUCCAUACUGGAGCGAGGCCAGUGAUUGGUGUCCAUACUGGAGCGAGGCCAGUGAUUGGUGUCCAUACUGGAGCGAGGCCAGUGAUUGGUGUCCAUACUGGAGCGAGGCCAGUGAUUGGUGUCCAUACUGGAGCGAGGCCAGUGAUUGGUGUCCAUAUUGGAGCGAGGCCAGUGAUUGGGGGCCAUAUUGGAGCGAGGCCAGUGACUGGUAGUCGCAUUGGAACAGGCCAGUGAUUGGUGCCACACUGAAACAAGACCAGUGAUUGGUAGUCGCAUUGGAACAAGGCCAGUGAUUGGUGUCCAUACUGGAGCGAGGCCAGUGAUUGGUGUCCAUACUGGAGCGAGGCCAGUGAUUGGUGUCCAUACUGGAGCGAGGCCAGUGAUUGGUGUCCAUACUGGAGCGAGGCCAGUGAUUGGUGUCCAUAUUGGAGCGAGGCCAGUGAUUGGGGGCCAUAUUGGAGCGAGGCCAGUGACUGGUAGUCGCAUUGGAACGAGGCCAGUGAUUGGUGACCACACUGAUGCAAGACCAUGGCAGCAUCAACCACAAAUGCAUCGGCCGUGGCCACAGGUGUGUCGCGCUCUGGCCGGGUGAGGAAGAAGUCUUUCAAGCUGGUUGAUUAUGCAUUGACAGAUGAAAUCAAUGCACUCUUCAACUGGCAGGCUGACGUGCCUAAGAAAUCAGCGAAAAGAAUGAAAUUCGGACUUUCCACGGUACCUGAAGUUCGUAGCACCUCAUUCACAUACCUAGACGAUGAAUUCAUUGACGUGAAAGAUGAGCCAUUAGAAGUGGAGAGCUGGGCGGAUAAUGGUGAUCACUUCCCCGAUGUGUGCAUAAAGGAAGAAGAGGACAUUAAAGACCCACUUCAGUUGGCCAGCCAUUUCAUGUCUCUGGAAGACAUUCCCACAAGUCAGCCUCAAACGGUGAUGUUUUGUUAUGAGUCGCCUCAAGUGGAAUCAAUGCAGCCGUCACCGCCACCAGCAGAUCCUCCCUCCACUGGUACUGCGGUGUCCGAAGGUUUUCAGUGUGGAGGUCCUAGCAGUUCCGUCCCCGACAUUACUGACCUUAUGCCACCUGGAUAUAGUGAUCCUCCUCCUCUGUCAGAUACGUAUGAUCAAAUAAGUGGAGAUCGGUCACCUACACCUGAGGAUUGGAAAAGUGAUUCUGACCAGGAGGCUGCUCAGUCGACAGAGGAAAGCGACACGGAAAAUUAUUCGAGUGACGAACUCUUCAAUUCUGAUUUUGCCGCAAGCGACCAGGAAUAUACCGACACGAGUGAAGCGAGUGGGGACGACGAGACCAAGUCGGACCCCGGUGAAGUCGACAUACAGUGUAAAUGGGUUUCUGGGGGAUCAUUUGAUCCUCAAGUAUUUGAUUUUGAUGCUUCAAACUCUGGUAUAAAAGCAAAUAGUGGAAUUGAUAGCAAGAGCACUGAGCUGGAUAUAUUUUUGAAAUUUUUUGAUUCCUCCCUGGUGGACCUGAUUGUAAGAGAGAGUAACAUGUACUACACCCAGCUUAUCAACACCAAGAAGUUUCCUGCCACGUCAAUAAUGAACAAGUGGAGAAAUACGAAUAGAAACGAAAUAUACACAUUUCUGGCACUGGUGAUGUUGAUGGCUUACACAAAGCAGCAUCGCAUCAGAAAUUAUUGGACCAAAGAUCCGCUCUUUGAGAUUCCAAUGUUUAGAAAAGUCAUGCCACAACAUCGCUUUUGUUUACUGCUCAAGAUGCUUAAUUUUGUCAACAGUUCAGGUGACACACAAGGUGACAGGCUUCACAGUUCUGGUGACACACAAGGUGACAGUCUUCACAGUUCUGGUGACACACAAGGUGACAGGCUUCACGGUACUGGUGAAACACAAUGUGACAGUCUUCACAAGGUAAGAUCCAUCUAUUCAAUGUUGAAAAUCAGAUUUGGGCAACUCUUUCAGCCAUUUCAAAAUCUUAUGAUUGAUGGAAGACUGAUGAUGUGGAAAGGACGCCAGAGUUUCAAGCGAUAUAUCCCCAAAUGCCACGGCUCUGGGGUACAGUUGUUCGUACUGUGCGACUGCGAGACGGAAUACAUCUUGGACUUCAUUGCGUACACCGGUGCUAACUCUGAGGUAGUGAGAUGUGAGAAGCUUGGCUUGUCUGGUGCAGUAGUUCAGACGCUAAUGCAGACAUACCUUGGGAAAGGCCAUAACUUGUACUUAGACAGCUGGUGCUCGAGCCUAAAACUUUUCGGAUACCUGCGUGAAAAUAAGACGGGAGCGUGUGGACUCGUGAGAACGGAAAAGAAAUGUAUGCCUGUUUUCAAUGCCAAAAUGAAGAAAGGUGAAUGCCAGUCUUUCCAUGCAAAUAAUAUCUUGGCACUCAAAUGGUGUGGAAACAGAGACAUGCGUCUGUUGUCGACUGUCCACGAGGUGGUAAAGGUAGAUAGUCGUAUUAAAGUAGGUAAGUUAAAGGGGCAGAAAUUAAAGAAGCCAAGAGCUGUUCUGGACUACAUCACAAAUGUGCGCCAAAUAGACAAGUGCCAUUUACGGUCGAGCUCUGUCGACUGUGUGAUGAAGAAAGCGAAGUGGCACAUUAAGCUUUUCUUCCAUCUCCUUGACAUGGUUGUCCUAAAUACUUACACUCUCUAUCAAGUAGCAACUGGAAAGACGCCUGUCUUCACUGACUUUCAACUACGACUAAUAAGGCAGGUACUACAGGCAUUCAUGCGCACUCAGCCUCACGGACGCCUCAAGAUGCCAUGUGGCACAAGCAGAACAACUUUUCCACUACGUCUAACAUCUCGUCAUUUUCCCCGGUCACUGCCUCUGACAAAAAUGAAGAAGCGAUACUCCAAAAGAGGGUGCGUUCUCUGUCGCACCACCACACGAGCUCCGAGACAAAGAAGGGAAACGAGGUUUUAUUGCGAGGAAUGUCGUGUGGCGUUAUGUUUAGUUCCGUGCUUUGAGGAGUAUCACACACUAAGAGUGCUCUAGUUGUGAGUAUUUCAGUUUAUUGUUUCUGAGCACCUUAGAACAUUGAUUACUGUCAGCAGAACUGUAUACGGUUACUGUCAGCAGAACUGUAUGUGGCUACUGUCAGCAGAACUGUAUAUGGUUACUGUCAGCAGAACUGUAUGUGGCUACUGUCAGCAGAACUGUAUGUGGUUACUGUCAGCAGAAUUGUAUGUGGUUACUGUCAGCAGAACUGUAUGUGGUUACUGUCAGCAGAAUUGUAUGUGGUUACUGUCAGCAGAACUGUAUGUGGUUACUGUCAGCAGAACUGUAUGUGGUUACUGUCAGCAGAACUGUAUGUGGUUACUGUCAGCAGAAUUGUAUGUGGUUACUGUCAGCAGAACUGUAUGUGGUUACUGUCAGCAGAACUGUAUAUGGCUACUGUCAGCAGAACUGUAUGUGGUUACUGUCAGCAGAACUGUAUAUGGUUACUGUCAGCAGAAUUGUAUGUGGUUACUGUCAGCAGAACUGUAUGUGGUUACUGUCAGCAGAACUGUAUGUGGUUACUGUCAGCAGAACUGUAUGUGGUUACUGUCAGCAGAAUUGUAUGUGGUUACUGUCAGCAGAAUUGUAUGUGGUUACUGUCAGCAGAACUGUAUGUGGCUACUGUCAGCAGAACUGUAUGUGGUUACUGUCAGCAGAAUUGUAUGUGGUUACUGUCAGCAGAACUGUAUGUGGUUACUGUCAGCAGAACUGUAUGUGGUUACUGUCAGCAGAACUGUAUGUGGUUACUGUCAGCAGAACUGUAUAUGGUUACUGUCAGCAGAACUGUAUGUGGUUACUGUCAGCAGAACUGUAUGUGGUUACUGUCAGCAGAACUGUAUGUGGUUACUGUCAGCAGAAUUGUAUGUGGUUACUGUCAGCAGAACUGUAUGUGGUUACUGUCAGCAGAACUGUAUAUGGCUACUGUCAGCAGAACUGUAUGUGGUUACUGUCAGCAGAACUGUAUAUGGUUACUGUCAGCAGAACUGUAUGUGGUUACUGUCAGCAGAAUUGUAUGUGGUUACUGUCAGCAGAACUGUAUAUGGCUACUGUCAGCAGAACUGUAUAUGGCUACUGUCAGCAGAAUUGUAUGUGGUUAUGGUUGGCAGAACUGUUUUUAAGAUGUUAU